UAUGACGCAGGUGUUCAGAAGUAUGAAAUGAAACGCGACUUCGUUUGCAAAUUUCAAUAUGUUAAAUCAGAGGAGCAUUGCGUUGGCACAGUUAGCACUGAUUUUUGGGGUAUUUGUGAUGUACAUGCAAUGUGCACCAACUAAAAAGAGCAGCAAGAAUGUCGCAAAAUAUGCCAUCAAAAUUUCACAGAAAGGCAUAGGGCAAGUGAAAAAAUUGGCGCAUCUGCGAAGAAAUCAAAUCAUUAAAUGUUGUGGAAAGCAUCCUUGCAUUCCGACUGGGACCAAAUCCAAUUCUUCAAUUGGCAGGACCACAGUACAAAACUUGAACAAUCCAACAAGAGCGGGCGGCGGAGCUAUUCAGACAGAUACGACGCCCGAAAGUCUGACUAGCGACGCGUCCGGCGGAGGAGACACAAAUGCGCCAGGAUCAGGGGGUUCGCCUACAGAUGCCCCUACGGACGCCCCUGUAGCUGCAGGUGGCGGCGGUGCCGCUGCGGCGCCCACGGACUCGCCAGCAUCAGGCGCCCCUGACACAAGUUGCAGCGCGGAACCUCCGACCAUGCCGCCUGGAAUGAAAAUUCCUCCUGGCGUUCCCCUGCCUACCCCUUUUCCUAUGCCUCCGGAAAUGUUGGCGGGGUUGACAGUCCCACCUGGAAUGACCUGGCCACCUGGAAUGGGGCCCACUUGUCCACCGGCUGGAUCUGGUGGUGCUGGUGGAAAUGUACAGCCAGCCCAGCCAGUUACAGAUACGCAGGCGCCUGCAGGAGGUGGUGGCGCACAACCCCCGCUAGCUGGAGAUACGCCGGCGCCCUCGGGAGGUGGUGGAAGCACCAGUGACCCCUCGCAGAGUUGCUUUGCAGAACCCCCGACAAUUCCUCCGGGUGUCCCCAUUCCAGCCGGAGUGACUGCCCCUGGCGGAAUCCCGAUUCCACCAGGCAUGACUUUCCCUCCAGGAGGGACGUGGCCUCCAGGAAUGGGACCCACGUGCCCCCCAGCAGGAGGGGUUACGGCAGCUCCUUCGAACGGAGGGGCAACGACCCCGAUGCCUGCAGCGGCCCCAACAAAUGCGCCGUGCGUGCCAGCAACGGUGGGCCCAGGAAUGACCUUUCCCCCGGGGUUUACAUAUGCUCCAGGAAUACCUAUACCAGACGGAAUGACCAUGCCACCUGACAUGACCUUCCCACCAGGCAUGGGCCCAACGUGCCCUCCACAAUAAGGUAUAAGGUUAGAGUCACUGGUAUGAAAAAAAUUGAAUAUAUUUGUAAAAAAAAAAAAAAUACCGACCAGAUUGUAAUCAGUAAUCAUACAAUACAACAUACAACCUUUAAAUAUUUGUUAUGCAUAAUCGAUCGAUUUGAUAAAAUGUGAACAGUUGAUUGAUUUUGUUAUAAUUACACUGAUUUUUUUUUUUUAAUUUUAUAAUGGGUUAAAUUUUGGGUAAUUUACAUUUUAAUAAUACAAAAUUCUUUUGUAAAACCUGCUAAAUUUUAUCAAAUAUUGUGUGUAAAUACUUUUCUGCAAA